AAGGAAAUGUGCACCGACGAGCGACGUGAUCAAACAACUGUUCUCUCCAGUAAAAUGUUGCAUGUAAGCUUUUCAGAGUUUACAACAACGGGCAAAGGUCCUUUGCUGCGCUGGCUGCGACAGGGUUGACACGCGAGUUCAUCAUCUUGCUUCUCACAGAACAAAAAGGAGGCAGAUUAUGGGCCAGCCCCAGCAAUUGAUCCACUUACUGUGGUUGGUCUCUUUCGUAGCAAUAUGGACAAAGAAUAACCACGCUACGGCUGCCGUGCGAGAUGUACACGUGCGUAACUUAACCAACGUGUUUCUGAAAGCUAUCCCCCCCGGCGACAGCAACUCAUCUGUGACUAGUCUUGUGGUUGAGAGGAAUCAGAUUACGCUGUCCAAUGAGGACAAAAUAUCCUUGGCCGGUUAUCCCCAACUCGUGGAGCUCCACCUGGAUCUGAACCGGGUGACCUACAUACCUGCUAGGUACCUGUCGGUUGUGCCCAACCUCAGCGUGCUGUCGCUAUCCAACAACCAAAUCAGCAGCCUAGUACCCGAGUCUUUCUAUGGCCUCGAUGCACUCCGAGUGCUGAACCUGUCCCACAACCUGCUGACAAGUCUUCCCGCACAGCUAUUCAGACCGCUUAAUGAUCUACAGGUGGUAGACCUUCAGGGCAACCCGUGGAAUUGCUCCUGCCUUCUGCUGAGCAGCAUUCAGGAGAUAAGAGCAGCAGGAGUCACCAUGGCAGGGACAAAUACGACAUGCGCUUCACCUGAGCAACAAGCUGGAACGGAUCUCUUCGAGGCUCUCACUAAUUGCUAUCCAAAAUCAGCGGACCCCUCAAAUCCACCAUCCGGCACGGCAGGGCACUCUCAACAACCAAAGGUGCCACCCAAUUUGCCAAAGGUUACGCUGACCACCAGUCCAGACAACAACGCCCAAAAGCCAGCGCCCGGGAACACUUGGAGGUUCGCGGCGUGUGUUGCGGCCUUGGCGUUGGCUACAUCCAUACUGAUCGUGUGCGCCGUCAAAGGCCCCUCCUGGUAUCGGCUCUUCCACAAUUACAGACAUAGACGACUACAGCAAGAAGACAACCCAGAGGGCCGCGCGGCUUCAAGCAUCUACUCAGAGACGGACAGGGGACACAUGAGCCAGAAGACGUUCACCUUCGCGCACCCUGAAGGCGAAGAGGACCUGCACUACUUUGAGGAUCCGUACGUCAAGGCAGAGGAGUAAUGGCAAGGUCGAGCGGGCGUGAGGAUUAAACCGAAAGACUUGGAGCAGACUGAGCCACAUCAAAUGAUUAUAGCAUCACCAAAGGCAAUAAAAUAUUAGCAUCAUUCAGUUUAUUAUUUAUAAUGUCUUAUUUUUUUAAUGAAAGCAAAUCUAUUCACUGGAAAAUCGGCUACUUAGCUGAGACGUCCUUUUUUUUUUUUUUUCCUCGCCAGCUGAGGGCAAAAAUU